CGCACGCGAAGAAGGCUGCUGAAUCUGUGCAUACGUAAUCUCGGAACACCGUAUCAAAGUCAGCUCAGCAGCAUCUCCCUUUGUCUCCUGCCUCUCAUACUCUAUCAAGAUGGCCAUCGUCCAAGAUAUCACAGCAGGAGAGGAUCAGGUAGCGAGCAGCCUUGACGAGCUGCUGGCAUCGCUGCGAGCUCUUGUAAAAGGGCUCGACUUGCCUGUAAAUGUCUUUAAUCAAACAGACGAAUUUGCCCUCAGCCAAUACGCUUCCACAACAUUCCUCUCCAUCAAACAAAUAUCCACCCAAAUCACAAAAGUAGAUGAAGAUUGGGGUUGGGACGACGUUUCGGCAGAGCAACAAGCCCAGCUACUCGGCCCUAUCAUCCGACUCUCCGGGGACGAUCCCUGGUCUUCCCCUAGCAUACGGCGUGAAAUUGACAGUAUACAACCCCACCUCCCCAAAUCCCUCCCCCUCACCCUCCUCCAAUCCCUCCGCCCCUCCUUCGCGCCCCACCCCUCCCUCUCCUCCGCCUCCCGCCCUCUCCCCAGGGCCACCGCUGGCUCGGAAGCGGAGGGUACCAUCGACAUGCACGACGUGCAGCCUUUCAAGGACGUCUCUUCCUGGGGUGUUUGCAAUAUCCUUUCGUGGUCUGCUGCCCGCUUGACAAGAGAAGAGAUUGAGAGGUAUUUGGGAAUCGUGUUGCCCCCGACUUUGGUUUUGAUGGAUGACUACGAACCCCGCUGGCGCGAAAGAGGCAUCUCCGCCCUGUCAACCUGGAUUUUCACCCUCCCGCCACAAACACUCAGAAACAUGCGUCUCCCCGCCCUCCUCCUCCCCUCCCUCAUCCACUCCCUCGCCCUCCACCCUCAUCCUCCGCAACCGUCCAUACUCCCCACAACCCUGCGGUUCUUGAGGUACACGACGGAGCAAGGGUCGGAAGAAAGGGCGAGGUGGAUAGAGGAGAUUGUGGAGAGGGGGUUGGUGGAUGGGUGGACUUAUGCGAAGGAUGGGAAGGAGGGAAGGGAGGUGCAGAUCGGUCUUGCGAGAGAGGUUGAGGUUUUGUGUGGGGAAUUAGGGACGGGGAUAGCUCGGUGGACUAAACAAAUCAUACCCAACCUCCUCAACCCACUCCAAUACGCCCCCACCCCACUCACCGUCCCCCACCUCACCGCCAACCUUUCCGCCCUGCUCUGCCUUGUACGGACUUUGAGCUUGACGGGGUUGGGAGCGAGGUGGCGGGGGAAGGUGAUGAAUGUUUUGGCGAGACAGUGGAUUUUGAGUAAAGAGCGUAAAGGCCUUGAUUCAGGUGACGAUGGUGAUGGUGAUGUGGUGGUAAAACCAAUCAUGGAGCUCAUCCAAAGAACAAUCAACGAAUUGGAUGAACAAUUCCCGGGAGAUGUACCGAAAGAUUUGGAGGUGUUGAGGGGGAUGGCGGAGGGGCAGUUGGAUGAUCUUUUGCUUUUGCCGUAGGAUACUUAUGUCUUGUCUUUCUUCUACGUCUUCUCUUUCGCCUCCUUCUCCUUCGGAUCUGAGGCUCUGAAUUCUCGUUUGAAUUUUUCUUUGAAGGCGGUAUCUGCAUGAGAAGAAGGAGAGGGAGGGUUUGGGUCUGGGUUUCGGUAGAUGUGGACCAUUUGUAUUGUUCGUAUGUAUCAG